AUGAGCAAGGACACCGAAGUCGACAUGAAAGUCGAGCUGAACGAGUUGGAUCAGGAAAAACUGCCGAUGACUGGGGAUUCACCGGGGACCGAGAAGAACGGGAGUGUCAAGUUAAAGGUACACGAAGAUGUUAAAUUCACGGGACUGUCCAAGGAAGAGCUGAUGAAAGUGGCAGGGACGCCUGGGUGGGUGCGUACCCGCUGGGCUCUGUUGGUGCUGUUCUGGCUGGGCUGGCUGGGCAUGCUGGCGGGGGCCAUCUUGCUCAUCGUUCAGGCCCCUCGCUGUAAACCCAUCCCUGAGAUGAACUGGUGGAACGAGGGGCCCCUCUACAGGGUCAACGACCUGGACGCUUUCACCGGGGAUAAGGGACUCCAAGGUGUGUCAGAGCGUCUGGACAGCGUGGGUCAGAUGAAGGUGAAGGGGCUGAUCCUGGGGCCUCUCCACACCGUCCAGGCCGACCAGGUGGAGACCCUGGACCUGGCCAGCAUCGACCCCUCCCAGGGCACGGAGCAGGACCUGCGCAGCCUGCUGGACAAGGCCCACAAGAAGGGUUUGUCUGUUGUCCUGGACUUGACUCCUAACUACCUGGGAACCAAUGUCUGGUUUGAACCAGACAACCAGGCUGACGUGCUGAACAAACUCAAGUCCGCUUCAGAGCACUGGCUGCAAAUGGGCGUGGACGGAAUCCAGUUGUCCGAUUUCAGCGUUGCCACGGUAACCAGCCCAGAGUGGGCGGGCCUCCAGGACGUCGUCCAGGGCAACCGGACCGAGGAAGUCAAAAACAAGGCUCUGAUUGGCCGAGCAGGAGUCAUUGAUGCCACAGCUGUGUCUCAGCUC